UGGGUUUGUCCUAACCCGGCCUGUGGUAAUAUGAACUUCGCUCGCAGGAAUUCCUGCAACCAGUGUGGUGAGCCCAGACCAGAAGAUUCACGUCCAUCAGGAGACUUCCGUGGGAGAGGUGGCUAUGGAGGAGAAAGAGGCUACCGAGGCCGUGGUGGCAGAGGCGGCGAUCGGGGAGGUGGCUACGGUGGCAAAAUGGGAGGAAGAAACGAUUUCAGAAAUGAUCAACGCAACAGACCAUACUGAAGACCACUGUGAAUGUUUUGUUUGUUGUCUUGAUGAGUUUGAUAGUGAACUUGCCCGAGUUUUGCCUGCCGCUUCACCCAUGGCCUCUUUGGAUAGUGGAAUUGAGUGAAACUAGAUUUUUAUUUUGGUGGGAGGGACUGGGGCAGUUUGGGAGGAUUUUUUUUAAGCAAGACAUUGAAAUUUAAUCUUGAUUUCCACAUUCUUCUCUUUUCUUCCCCCCCUCCCUUUCCCCCAUACCUUUUCAACAGGCCCUACGAAGGAAAAGGAUAAACUGUAAAAUAUUGCCAAAAUAUGAAGUGUUUUGUAAUACAACAAUAAAUGCUGAUUGUUUUAUUUGUGAAA